AUCAGCGGCGAGCAAGCAACAGCAACGGCCAGCAAGCAACAGCAACAUUGCCAAGUUGCCCUUUCAGCCGCGAGCAGUGUAGGCAGUCAUUGUGUACUCCGCAGCAGAAUUCCGAUGGCCUCCCAAUCAGAGAACGGCGUGGUGACCUAGGCGACGGGUAUCCGCCGCCGGCCCACACGACAUUGCCCAAAUCACCAGGAGCGAUGUAUCGUCUCGUGAUGGUCAAUGGCGGCGUAUCUCAGAGGCGGCGACUGAGGGACUUACUCACGGUCACAUGAUGACAAUUAGGCUGGGGGUGGCACUGCGGAAUGAACAGAGAGAUCAAACCAAUCUUGCAAUUGUACACCUCUGCCAGUAACACCGUGCCCACAGCACCAAGAAGUGCACUCAUCUUUGAGGCUCCCAUGAUGCUUCUCACUCACUCCCUUCUCUUGAGUUUCCUGCUACCGCUCACCACAGUACCCACUGCAAUGGCAAAUCAAGCCGGCUACUGUCGCUGGAUUGAUUCAGGGGCAGGUCACAACUCACCACAUCACGCCAAUUACACGUACUACUGUGACGCUGUGGCCAAGCCUUUCAACGACAGUCACGUCGUCUUCGACUGUAGCAGUCUAAGGGUGGCCACUUGGGGUUUCGCUGGACCGUCUACGCUUGAGAUUGCCGCACCCUGCGCUCCCAUAACUGGCUACUCCCCCGUAUGCGCACAGCAACUCGCUCGCAAUCGUGCCAUGGGAGCUGACUCUCACAUUGCCCUAGCAGGACUGCGACUACAAAUUCUGGGCCGCCUGCCUGGGCAACGCCGCGCCCCAUCACGACAAGCACACGUUCAGCUGCUUCUACUUCAACGGAAACGAUAGUUGCGUAUGGCCCUUCAGCUUCACAGCGACCACCCGCCCGACCACAGUGCAGAUCUGGCAUCGCAUUGGUAGUGGAAGCACCAACGCUACGCUCGGAAAGAGGCGACUUCCCUCAUACUGAAGGCCAGCUGUGCACUUGUUCAUAGCUACUCGGCAGACUGAACAGAAAAAAAGCGCCCGAGAGGGGGGAGGGAGAGGCUACCUUGCCUUGUCUACCAAAGUUCAGAGUCUGGUCUUCUGCCGUGGUAGUGGCGGCGGCGGCGGUGAACUCUCUCGGUAAUGUCCUGAAUACCAUUUCAU